UAUAAGUGCUUACUCUAUCACGGCGAACAGCUGAUUGUAUAGUUUUGGGUGAUUGCCGUCUGGCGUGUAGAAGUUUGAUUAAGGUUUACGCUCAACUUUGAUGCAAAAUAUUCGCCCUGUUUCAUCUCUAGUUUCCAUCAGUGAUGCCGCACCCGGCAACGUGAGCGUACCUGUCGUGAUAGAUACUGUAGAAAGGACGUUGGAGUUAUCUUUCUGUAAUCAUCGUAAGAAAGGUGCUCACUUAUCUACAACAGUUUUAUGUUACCAAACAAAACACUGUGAUUGAUUGGUGUGAAUGCUAGUAGCUUUCUAGGGGAGAUUGAGAUGACAUUAUUCACGUUGGUGGGCAAGCGAGAACAAGUGGUUUGAAUAUGGAAGCUCCGAAGGUGAAAUUGUGUAAUAAUCCACGCCAAAAUGCAAGCUUCCUGUCGGUGCUAACCUUCUGGUGGACGGUGGACAUGUUCCGUAAGGGCUCUACCAAGACGCUGGAGCUAUCGGAUUUGUACAAACCACUGGAGGACGAUCAUGCUGACAAGCUGGGAGACCAAUUGGAACGAAACUGGCGAUUACAACUCUUAAACUGUAAACACAAUCGGAAGGCAAAACCUUCGUUGUUGAAGGCCAUCUUCCGUACGUUCUGGAAAGACUGGGUCGUUCUAUCGCUGGUAACGGUUUUCGGAGAGAUUAUCCUUCGUAUCGCACAACCGAUUUUCCUCGGAAGGCUUUUGCUCUACUUCAGACGUCAAUCGGACAUGACCUACGAUGAGGCGCUGUACUACGCAAUCGCUAUGGUCGCGGCUAAAGCGGCCAGCAUCAUUUUCGAUAACCAGUACGGCAUCCUAACCUGUUUGACCGGCGUCCGAACCAAGAUCGCGGUGUGUAGCGUAAUGUACCGGAAGUCACUCCGGCUGUCACGGAAUGCCCUCGGGGACACAUCACCCGGGAAGGUUGUGAAUCUAAUGUCAAAUGAUAUCAACAGGUUCGACAUUGUGGCGUUCCUUAUCUGUUUCAUGUGGGCUGCCCCUAUCCUAACCGUUAUUGUGCUGGUCCUGCUGUGGUAUGAGGUCGGGUGGGCUGGGCCCAUUGGCAUGGUAGCCAUUUUUGUGGUAACACCAAUUCAGUCGUUUUUCGGUAAGCUAACGUCACGCUUCCGACUUCAAACCGCAUUGAAAACUGAUGAGCGUAUCCGUCUUAUGGAUGAAAUAAUUUCCGGAAUCCAGGUCAUAAAGCUGUAUGCAUGGGAAAAACCAUUUGCCAAAUUGAUUUCCACUGCCCGAAGAGCUGAGCUGAAAAUUGUCGUAAAAAGUGGCUUUAUCCGUGGAUUGUACAUGACCUUCGGGUUGUUUACAACUCGGGCCGCACUGUUUGCCACGGUGGUUGGAUUGCUCUUGAUGCAGGAAGAGAUAACGGCUGCCAAGGUGUUUGUAGUGGCAAGCUAUCUGAACAUAGUGGCGUAUGCAAUGUCGGGCAUGUUUGUACGAGGAGUGGCGGAGAUUGCAGAGGGGCUGGUCGCUACACGGCGGUUGCAAAAGUUCUUAGAGUACGAUGAAAUAUCGUACCAGACUCUUCAUUACGGGGAUCGUAAUGAUAGCGAGAAAAUGGAAAACGAACAACCGAACGUUGCAUUAUCUCUUCAAAGUGUUACUGCCCGGUGGGUUAUGCCGAAAGAGGAAGAUCAGAGCCAUCGGCCACUGACGCUCGAUAAUUUGAACGUGGAUAUCCCAAGAGGUAAACUGGUAGGUAUUGUUGGAGCUAUUGGAUCCGGAAAAUCGUCUAUUCUUCAAGCUAUUUUGGGAGAAUUACCUCUGGAAUCGGGACGAAUCGUACGCAAUGAAACGGUUUCAUAUGUUAGCCAAGAACCAUGGCUGUUCGCUGGCAGCAUUCGUCAGAAUAUCCUGUUUGGUAUAGCCAUGGAUCGAAAACGAUAUAAAAAAGUAAUUCAUGUGUGUGCCUUGGAGGCGGAUUUCGAACAGUUUCCGGAUGGUGACGAGACUUUGGUUGGUGAGCGAGGUAUUUCACUAUCAGGAGGACAAAAAGCUAGAAUAUGUUUAGCACGAGCAGUCUACAAGCAAUCUGGCAUGUACUUAAUGGAUGAUCCACUAAGCGCAGUUGAUGCCCACGUGGCCAAACAUUUGUUCGAUUUGUGUAUUGGAGACAAAGGUUAUCUCGGAAGGCAAGGGGCUACAAGGAUAUUGAUAACGCACCAAGUACAUUUUUUGGUGGAAGCAGAUUGGGUUAUUGUAAUGAAUGAUGGAAAAAUAGAAGCCCAAGGUACUCCUCACGAUUUGAUGCAGAAAGGUAUCGAUUUGGUCAAGGUGGUUGAAUCCGAAGAUUCUGAUAUCGACAAGAUCGACAAUGAUGCAUAUCUAAGUCGGCAAAAUUCGUGUGAUUCGGUAGUUUCCUCGCGAUCUAGUAUUAGUGAUUUGCAAAACGAACAAACCAAGGAGCAUUAUGAAAAGCAAAAAAUGGAGCAAGCGUUUGAAAAAUCAUCCGAAGAUAGCACUGGAGGAUCUUUGUUUCUAAACUACUCGAAGGGAGCUGGCAGCUUAAUAAUAGCAACAAGUUUGAUACUUUUGUUUGUACUGACUCAGUUGAUCGUCAGCUUUUCUGAUUAUUGGAUUUCAUUCUGGGUGUCGCAAGAAGAGUUGAGAACGUUUAUCAUGGACAAAAAUGAUUCCAUCAGCAUGGAAAGUGUACCACCACAGCCGUUAGAUACGGAUAUAUGCCUGUAUGUUCAAGCCUCAGCAAUUGUUGGUAUUUUUAUAAUCGGUAUGAUGAGGGCCAUCAACUUUUAUCGCUCUUGUGCGCGUGCCUCCCAGAACAUCCACGACUGGUGCUUCAAGGGUUUUAUAUCAGCCACGAAACGUUUCUUCGAUACCAACCCAUCAGGUCGAAUAUUGAACCGAUUCUCCAAAGAUAUGGGUGCCAUGGACGAGUUACUGCCCAAAUCGAUAAUGGAUGCUUCGCAAAGUGUACUAACGAUCAUAGGUGCCAUGCUGGUCAUUCUCAUUGUUCAACCGUUCUUUCUGAUACCGAUUCUGAUACUGCUGAUGUUAUUGCUUUACACACGGAAAAUCUACAUGAAGACUUCGCAAAACAACAGAAGACUCGAAGGAAUCACACGAUCGCCAAUUUUCACUCACAUUGCUACCACGUUGAAUGGUCUCCCCACGAUCCGGUCCUUCGGGGUUCAACAACUUUUGAUUGAAGAGUUUGACCAACAUCAAAAUAUCAACACCGGAGCAUAUUUCAUGUUUCAUUGUGGAAGAGUAGCAUUUGGGAUGAUACUCGAUUUGAUAUUUUUCCUAUUCCUGGUGAUCGUAGUGUUUACCUUCCUCCUCCUAGAUAGCAACGUGCUGGGAGAUAAGGUUGGUUUAGUAGUUACUCAGAUAACAUCCUUGGCUGGGUUGCUACAAUUUGGAAUUCGGCAAAGCGCCGAAAUGUUCAACCAUCUGAUUGCGGUGGAACGUUUACUCGAGUAUAAGAACUUGCCUGCCGAAAAACAACCCACUGAAGACGUGGAUCGUGCCGUGCCGUCGAAGAAAUGGCCUACAGAAGGCCGGAUCGAGUUUGAAAAAGUAAACUUCAAAUAUUUCGAAGGUGCUCCAUCAGUGCUACGAGACCUAAGCUUUGAGAUUAAUCCAAGAGAAAAAAUAGGAAUUGUUGGUCGAACUGGAGCAGGAAAGUCCUCGAUUAUCGGUGCACUCUUUCGAACGGCAAUAAUUGAGGGAAGAAUUACAAUUGAUGAUGUUAAUACAGAAAAUUUAACUCUAGAAACCCUGAGAUCAAAUAUUUCCAUUAUCCCGCAAGAUCCUGUGUUGUUCAGUGGAACACUGAGAAAAAAUCUAGAUCCGUUCGAUAGAUAUAGCGACGCGGAUCUGUGGCAAGCACUCGAAUUGGUUGAAUUGAAAGAUGUUGCUGAUGGACCUUCCGGUUUACAAACUUAUGUAGCAUCCGGUGGAUCAAACUACAGCGUUGGUCAACGCCAACUGCUGUGCUUAGCGAGGGCUAUUCUUCGGAACAAUAAGAUACUUGUUUUAGACGAAGCAACGGCUAAUGUGGACCCAGAAACCGAUCAUCUGAUACAGCAAACCAUCCGACAACGUUUUGCGGAGUGUACGGUAUUGACAAUAGCUCAUCGGCUCAAUACCAUCAUGGACUAUGAUCGGAUACUGGUUAUGAGUGAUGGCAAAGCUGUAGAGUUUGGGACGCCAUUCGAGUUGGUUCAUAUUUCUCACGGAGUUUUCAGAGAAAUUGUGAUGGCCACUGGUCCAGUGGAAGCGGAAAAUCUCAUAAACUUGGCCAAGAAGUAGAAGUUUUUGGUAUACUUCAUCAAUUACUAUAGUUCAAUUACUUUAGGAAAAUAUCACAUUAUGUUCAGAAUAUGUACUUUAUAGGAGAUGUACUUAUGUAUAAAUAUAUUUUUAGAGAACUUUACUUAUCUUGAUGCGCAAUGAGUAACUCAUGCAAAACAUUAAA